ACCACAGAGCUGAAGGAUAUUGUCGCGGAGGGUCUGAACGCUUGCUCCUGCCGGCCUUGCUGAUCUGCAGAGAGCAGCAGAUUGUGCAGACAGCACGAGUUCUUUUAAAGCUAAUCCGGAUGUGCAUUAUCUUCAGGAAAUGGCCUCUUCUAAGUCCUUGAUGAACGUUCUAACCUUCAGUUUUGGAUCUGCAAUAGGAUUUUUCCUAUGCUAUCUUCUGUUUAGCAUGAUACUGGAAGAAAAAGUUGAAAUCCAACCUCAUAUUCUUCACAAUGAUCCACACGGCCAACACUCAGCAGAUACGGAUAACGAUCAGUUGCAAGGACAAAUGAAUUUCAAUGCAGACUCUGGACAGCACAAAGAUGAGAAUAAAAAUGUUGCAGAUGGACUGUAUCAGAAGGUGAAAAUACUUUGUUGGGUCAUGACUGGACCUCAAAAUCUAGAAAAGAAAGCCAGGCAUGUUAAGGCCACUUGGGCCCAACGUUGUAAUAAAAUACUUUUUAUGAGCUCUGAGGAAAAUAAAGACUUCCCAGCUGUGGGCCUAGAAACCAAAGAAGGCAGGGACCAACUGUACUGGAAGACUAUUAAAGCUUUUCAAUACGUGUAUGACCAUUAUUUUGAUGCUGCUGAUUGGUUCAUGAAAGCAGAUGAUGAUACAUAUGUUAUAUUGGACAACCUGAGGUGGCUUCUUUCAAAAUACAGUCCUGAGCAACCGAUAUACUUUGGAAGAAGGUUUAAGCCUUACGUGAAACAGGGCUACAUGAGUGGAGGAGCAGGGUAUGUUCUAAGCAAAGAAGCUCUGAAGAGAUUUGUUACUGCAUUUAAAACAAACAAAUGCUCUCACAGUUCCUCUAUUGAAGACCUAGCACUAGGAAAGUGCAUGGAGAUCAUUAAUGUACAAGCAGGAGAUUCUAGGGAUACAAAUGGCAGGGAAACCUUUCAUCCCUUCGUUCCAGAACAUCUCCUAAUCAGAGGAUACCUACCAAAAACAUUCUGGUACUGGAAUUACAAUUAUUACCCUGCUGUAGAGGGUCCCGGAUGCUGCUCCGACCUAGCCGUUUCAUUCCACUAUGUUGACUCCAUGACUAUGUAUCAUUUGGAAUAUUUGAUUUAUCAUCUCCGUCCAUAUGGGUAUUUGUAUCGGUACAAUCCUGAUUCGGCAAAGCAUCUAGAAGAGCAGAACAAAAAUGAAGCACUAGAGGAUAAUCAAAAGCUAAAGCAAACAAUUUCUGAGAAUUAAAUGGACUUUGAAGGAAACUGAAGGAAGCCAGUACAGAGAAAAAGGGUCUUCCCCAUCUCCUGCAUGAAGCUUGUGGACUAGAAUUAUUCGUGGUGAUUCUUAUUUCAAAAAUCACGUUGGCAGUACUUCCAGCCAGUGUCUGUGCACAACAGAGUCCAGUGAGGGCUCUGACUGUUUGGGAUAGUAUGAUCUUGCAGCCCUACUCAUGAAGAUUUGGGGCCCUAAAGCUGUGAAAUAGGAGGUUGUUCUGGUACAUUAAUCUCUGGAAGAACUUGUAUUAAAAACAUAGUCAACAAGUUCAAAGAUAAUCAUACAGUAUUUCUUUUCUUUGUUUGUUUCUUUAUUUCCUUCCAAAUGUUCUGUUAGGUGAGGUCUAAUGCUAGAAAUCUGAUAUUGCACAGUCAAAUAUUUCAUGAUGGAAAUAUUUCUCUGGUGUUCUCAAUAUUUAGAAAUUACUUCGUGUAUUUUGCCCUGCAAGGAAGGGAGAGGGGUAAAAAUACAGCCUCAAAUCUGCUUUGCCUUAACAACAGACCGGUUGAUACGAAUAGACAGAGACACACCUCAGUGACUCACUCCUGAAUUAUUUCAGAAAUGAAAUUCCCUGCUGUGAAUUAUUUAAAUUUUUUUUUUUACUAUAAGUCUCUACUCUACAAAACAAUAUGAAGUUGGAUUACUGCUAGUACCUAGGAAUAGUUACUAUUCAGAUUGCUGAGGUGUUGUGAGGAGCUUGCAUACUUGGCCAUAGCUUUUUUUUUUUUUUUUUUUUUUUUAAAUCAAGUUACCACUUGGUAGAAUGGAUGACUCAUCUGAGAACUUCAUAGGAUAGGAUAGAUGCUUUGCCUUACAAAAGUCUCUCUUCCUUCACACCUUCGCUAUAAAUCAGAAAGGUUAGUAUCUUAACAAAGCUACAAUGGCGUAUAAUAAUUUGGUUUCAGCCUGUGUUAGAAUUACUUCAUCUCUGUCUGAUUCUCACAUUACUCUCCUUUGUGAAGUUACCUUAUUCAUUAAAAUUUUGCAGAUACAAACAAGUCCUGUUCUAAAACUGCAGCAAAGCUGAUUUGACUGCUUGGCUGAAGUACUUAAUUUCACUUUUCUGAACUUUUUUCAUCCAUUCUUAACAUUUCUUCUGUAUUUGUUUCUUGUUGUAUUUUUCAAAAGGCAGUGUUACGUGAUCCCUGCUUCACGCUUGUGAAGCUGAAGCAUGUCGUUGUUCGGGUGCACCAGCCUGAAUGCAGGAAUCUUUCAAAGUGCAUUAACUCUCUCCACUACUUUAUGAGUAUCUCUGCCUCUUAACUGCCUCUUAACUGAAAACACUUUCUUGGUGUGGGACAAAAUUGUGUUAAUAAUUGAAGAAUUUUCAAAGGCCAAGCCUGUGUUUUACGUACCUAACAUAGAACUUCCUGGUUUUCUCUUCAUCAAAUUCAACUGAUAGCAAAGUUCAGGGGACGGGGUUAAGCUUGACAUGCCUUUAUUCCACACGUCGACAAAAUUUCUUUAUCUUUUUUAUCGUUUUUCACCUUCAUCAUAUUGAUGAAUUUGAACAUAACCUGAUUACCUCCAGUCAUUGCUUUGGAGAGGGCACAUACUGGUAGCAGACAGCCUCACGGACUGCCGCUGUCCUUCAGGGUGUUCCUUGAAGAGGACGUUACCAUAAAGUACUGGAAUUUUUUUUUCCAAAGAUGGUUCUCGCACACGGAUUGGGGUUCUAUCUGUGGUCCAGCAGUAAAGUUCAUGACUUCCUUUCUGGUCAUUGCUCUGCAGUAUAAUGGCAAUUACUGAAAUAUCUUCAUCGAAAUGCUAUGUACAACUUCUCUGCCUGAAUACAGGUUGGGUUUAUAUAUAAAGUAUUAGUUAAAUGAAUAGUUCCUGUUGGGUUAAAUCUGUUGAUCCUGAGAAAGGUUCUCUCUGAAAUACUGAAAGAGGCAAGAGCUUUAUUUUAAGUUAACUGACUUAAGUAGAAAAUUAUAAAUAUAUUUGUUUAGAAAAAGGAAAAAGUCUCCAGUUAGCUGUAGUCAGAGGGACGCUUGUCCAGAGGAGAAUGUAUGAUACUUUAUUUUAGAUAGAUGCUUCCUUCUGUGAGUUAAAUGUUUAUCCCAUGUGCAACACAAAACAAUAACAUUGUGAAAUCCAUAUGCUAUUGAUAAAUCCAGUGGCAUUGUUCAAAGCUGCAAUUAAAAGAUUCUGGAAUAUAUAAGGAAACUAUAAAACGAAAUCAAUAUCCCAACUUUAAUCUCUUUGUCUUUGCUCAGCAGCAGUUGUAAUACUUGUUUGCUACCCAACCGUCUCGUGGGUUUAGAGGGCAGGGCAGGAAUGUCCCUCCAAGAAACAUGCAGGACGCUAGAGGGAACGGAGAAAUAAAGGAACAAGCAAGCAGCAUGUAGGUGCAAGUUGCAUUUCUUUAGGAACGAGGCAAAGAACAUCCUACCUUGUGAUAAACCAGCACCCUAUCUGGAGAAGUAAGAGUCGCCUGCUCUUCAAAUGUUUGUUCUUGCUUUGUUUUAAAGUGUCCUCGCUCUUGGGCCUCUGAAAUGAUUUCCUUUGCCUUUUUGACAGCACUGCACAGUAAUUUUUCCUUUCAAUAUCCGGGCAGGCUGGAAAAAAGUAUUGAUUUUUCAUUCUGUGAUUCUCAUAGAGGGCUCUUUGUUGAAGUGUAUGGUUGUAAUCAUGAGCUGAUAUCUCGCAGAACAAUUGGUUUGCAUCUCACUCUUCAAAAGCUUAGGGAGGGAAGAUUGGAAUGUGAGCAGUUUAAUUUUCACAUAUAACAUUACACAACUAUUAGUAGUUUAUUAUUUCACUCUCAGGGCUUCAUGCUUUGACAAAAUAUUUAUUGAGUUUGAGUAUUUCAGCAGCCCAAGGAGGCUACGUUACAGGUGGGGUCCCCAUUCUGAAGCACAGAAGCAGACUCUUUCAGGCUAUUCAGAUCAUUGUGCUCGCUUUCUCUGAGAUUGCUUCACUUUAUAAAACAUAAAAGCUUCCAUUGCCAUAGUAGUGGUUUAAAAUGGCACAUCUCAAAAUUUUGAAUGAGUUUUCUUGAAAUUACAAAGCAGCAGGGUUUUCUUAAGCAGCUGCUUGCGCUUGGAUGUGGGAUGUCACUUAGUGUAACAGAGCACCAUUUUAACCUUGUGUUAAGUCGGUGUUAGUUCAGAAGGAACGAGAACGCCAAGUGGCUGCCUUCCGAUAAAUGUCCCUAGCUGAAGGACAGAAGUAAUCUUGGCUUGCAGAAAAAGACCAAUUUUGAUCUUCACUCCCAGUUAAUUUUUGCAAUCUUUAUUGCUCUGAAGAGGUUAGACACUGGUGAUGUUAGCACAGUCUCUUGUUUUGUGGAAGCUCUGUGUCAAUGCCUUUUGCCUUUUAGAACACUUUGGUUUGCUUUGGUGGGGGUAGAUACUAAAAUCACUUUUUGUUCACGUGUUGCCAUUUGCUCUGUUACGUUUCCAGAAGUGUACCUUUCAGUAAGUAGCUGAUAGACCUGUUACACGCAGUUUGCUGUCUGAGAAGGGUUUUUUAUCUUUGUACAACAGAGACAAGUGGGUUAUUUCUCUGAUGUACCUGCUACUGAUGCAAACAGUGCACACACGGAUGAAAGCAGACCCCUCAAUAUGGGUCUGCUUGGGAAGGCUGUUUUGUCCUUUUUCUGUCAAGAAAAACGUCUGUGGAACUCCAAAGGUGUAAUUUGCUUUGUUUUACCAUACUGUAUUUAAAAUACUCCAGAAAUGUUGUUAAUCCUCUAAAAAAAAAAAAAGAAUAUUGCUGCUGGACAGUAUGUUCCACUUAAAACCUGUGAAUGUUUCCUUUUGCAGUUCUAGGUAGUUGUGUCCCUAAUGACAGGUAUAGGUGACUUGUUUGGACUGAUCACCGUAAGAUUUGUUUCUUAAAUACCUUCUUGAAAGUGCCUUUGACCAAAUUUUAGCAUCAAAGUUGAGAAUUGAAUAAAUAAAAUAAGUUAUCUCA